UUCAUCCAACGAUAUCUACGCGUUUUUCCCAACAGACACCUUGUACUUUCUUUCAUCCCUGUUUCUUUCCCCUCUCUCACCUUCCGUUUACAACUACAAGUUUGAAAAUUUACCACUUCCCUCCCCCACCCUUCCCUUCCAUCCAUGGAGGCCUCAUCUUCUUCGCCUCCUCAGCAACCCCUCGAAUCCGGUGCCGUCGAUUCCAUUCCGAAUUCGACGGCCCAAGACCCUUCUUCUCCUUUGUCUACAGGUUCCAACGACGGCGAUGAUUUAAAGCCCAUGAACGUUGACAAAAAGAACAAGAAGAAGAGAAAGAAGAUAAAGAAGAAAAGGGUCUUUAAAUAUGGCUCUGAUCUGUUGCUGCCGUCGUCCUCGUCUUGUGGUUCUUCAUCGUUUUCUUCUUCUUCUUCCUUGCCGGCCACGCGCGUGGUGCUCAGACGCCGAAACCCUAAGGCCCUGCUCGUUACGGCGCGCCGUAGCGAGGGCAGUGUGGACGCCAUUGGUCUCCCUCUCGGAAUGUCGGUCGCAGCUGUCGUUGCUCUGGUUCUGGAAACGAAAGACACGGCAGGUGGAAGGAUGUCCGUCGACCAUAUUUCAGUGAUCUGCACUUCAGCUAUCAGAGAAUCUCUAGUCAAUCAGGUCUUUGGUGACAAAUUCGAUUGUUUUAUGAGAAACUUUGAAAAGUCAUUCGGGAGCACCUUGAGGACCCUUAGAUUGAUCAAUGAGUCACGCCUAAAAAAGGGAGGACCUCAUUUUAGCAACCUAAAUGUAGCAGGUUCUACUUCAGAUGUGAAUAAAGGAGGAUGCACAAGCAAUUCUGGUAUAGAAGAUUUUCAGUCAGAGACAGUCUCACAAACUUUUGUAACUCGGGAUCGAUUAAAUACCAUUGAAGAGAUGAGAGAGAAUAUGCUAACUGAUUCCAGUAAUCAGGAGCUUGUCCUGCAUGGGCAAAUAAACCAAGUAGCCUGUGUCUCUCCAAGUACAGACAGUCCUGCAAUUGGGCAGUCUAUGCUUACCACUAUUGAGAAAUCUAUCAAAGAGCAAACCCGUUCUAAUGACCUUAAGAUGUUGGAGCUUAGUCUUACAAUGGAAAGAAUGAAGUUGAAAGAGACACAACUUGCUCUUAACCUUGAUUCAAAUCAUCUAGAGAGGUCAAAACUGGUCAUGGGUAUAUCGAAGGCAUCUUUUAGAGCUGAAAAAUUCAAGAAUCAAUUAGAAGACAUGAGACACACUGAGCUGCUUAGAAAGUGCAUAGACUGUCUUGUUGCUGGUUUGCUUAUCAUGUCAGUCUCCCUGUUAUAUGGUGCUUAUGUAUUUUCAUACAAGAGGAUCACUGAAGCUACCGAAUCUUGCUCACCUUCACCCAUGGAGUCCAAGUCUUGGUGGAUCCCAAAGCCGAUGGCAUCUUUCAAUUCAGGGCUGCACAUCCUCAGAUGCCAGGUUCAAGUUGUGAGUCGAAUGCUGUUUGGUGUCUUAAUGAUUGUCACUAUUGCUUUUUUGCUUCUCCAGCGUUCGGCAACUUCGAAACAGAUCUUGCCAGUUACUUUCAUGCUCUUGCUGUUAGGAGUUGCCUGUGGUUUAGCUGGCAAGCUUUGUGUAGACACGCUGGGAGGGAGUGGAUAUAACUGGCUCUUAUAUUGGGAGACACUUUGCUUGCUGCAUUUCAUUUCUAAUGUAUGGACAUCAGUUUUGUUCCUUAUCCUCCAUGGACCUGUCAAUGUGUCUCAAGGGACAGAAGGCAAGGCAAUAUUCCCCUACUGGAUCCGCCAAUUUCUGUUCUAUGGUAUCUUGCUCAUAUUUCUGCCACUAUUCUGUGGCCUCAUGCCUUUUGCAAGCCUUGGUGAAUGGAAAGAUCACUUUUCCUUGCUGGUCAGAGAUUCGUUGUUUACCAGUGAUUGAAAGUUAUAGUUUGGUCUGAAGUUUUCAAUGUAUACGAUAAUAUCCGUUUUUUCUGGUUAGAUCUAAAGUUAACUCUUUGUCGGGUGUCCAGUCGUCCUCAUAAUCGGUGAUUGGUUGGGUCUUGAGGCUUAUCCGAGAAUGUAAUUUGGUAGCUAGGCUCUCUGUUGUGUUGUUGUCUUGUUGGGUUGGAUGCAGUUAGCCUCCUUCGGAUAGGUUUUUGGGGAAGUUUGGUCAGUCACUUGCCUUGUAUUUUUGUACUAUCGGUUAAUUUAUUCUUAUACAUCCAAAAAUGAAAAAGAAGCUAUGGUUUGGAGCACCAAUAAGAGCUUUCAAAUUCUGCAUGAAUGUUACUUUUGACCUUUGAGCAGCAGAGUAACUUGUUGGUCCUCUACUGUCUGUCAAAUGUGCCUAUGUUGUAUUUGGCCCAGAUAACUGUUCUGGCAGGUAUGCUACAAGAGCCUUCUCUUUGAUUUCAUCUCGGAUCUAGUGAAGUGAAGGGCUUUCUGCUGUAUAGCCGGGGAUUUUUUUUUUUUUGACAGCCGGGUUUAUUUAUUCAUGUAUCAGUUAUUAUAAGAGCCUUUUUCUUCCUUUUUUUUUUUGGUAUUUUGGGUGAAGUGAAGUGAAGGGCUCUCUUGCUGAAAGAGCUCAUGGAUUGUACUUGAUGUUGUAUUGUAAUGUCAAGCUGAUGUAUUUUAGCUGAGUAAGCUUUACUUGUUUGAACUAUAA